ACAUUUUAAAUGGAUAUGGGUUUUAUCUUAUCCGAAAUAGAUCCAGAUCUGACCCGUUUUAGAGGUUCGUCUUCCUCCUCCUUCAUCUCAAGGGCUACGUUAAACCCCAGCUCGGCUCCCGCCUCUUCAGUGAUGUCCAGGCUUUUCUUCUUCUUCCGAAACCCUAAUUCCCGCCAUUUCUGUUCUUCCUCUUCUUUCCCUUCUUCAUGGUUUUCUCUUCCCGGGAAGCCUCUCAUGAAGUGGCCGUCCGAUACCCCACCUCCAAAACCUCCCCGGGACCCUCCUCCGAUCAAACACGACGGAGACGAAGAGGUAGACUUCGAUCUUCAGAGGGAUUCCGCUGUCAUCGAGCCGCUUCUGCGCGACUACGCCGGUGAUGAUUCCGGUCUCCGAUCGGCUCUAGAUCGGUCCCUAAUUCGACCCCGUCCCGCCUUGAUCCGGCAGCUGAUGAUCUCCUGUGAGUAUUCGUUCAAACCCCUUCAUACGCUUUUCCUUUGGGCGGAGACUCGCCCUGGUUACCGUCACACUGCGGCGGUGUUUAAUACCAUGAUCGAGCUGCUGGCGAAGUCGAGGGAAUUCGAUUCCGCCUGGUUGCUGAUCGAUCGGUACUCGCAGGCCGACGAUCAACUGGUCUCUCACGGGACGUUCACGAUCUUGAUCAGACGGUACGCUAGGGCGAGAAUGCCGCAGGCCGCGAUCCGGACAUUCCAUCUCAUGGAACGUUUUGGUAUUCCCUCGCCGAACUUCGACAUUCUCCUAGACGCCCUCUGUAAAGAGGGCUUGAUCCGCUCGGCGGAGGCAGUCUUCCGGCAACGGCAGAAUCCACCUCCGUCGACCACUUCCUAUAACAUCCUGCUAAAUGGAUGGUUCCGUUGCCGGAAACUCCGCCACGCCGAGAAACUGUUUGCGGAAAUGCGGGAGAAGGGCGUAAAUCCAACGAUUGUUACUUAUGGAACUUUGAUCGAGGGAUACUGCCGGAUGCGUCGAGUUGAGAGAGCAAUGGAAUUAAUUGAAGAGAUGAAGGAGGUGGAUGGGAUUGAACCCAAUAUCAUUACAUACAAUCCGAUAGUUGAUGCUUUAGGUGAAUCACAGAGAUCAAAGGAAGCAUUGACGAUGGUGGAGAAGAUUACUUCUUACGGAUUGGAACCCACAAUUUCUACGUACAAUUCGCUUGUGAAGGGAUUCUGUAAGGAAGGAAACUUGCUUGGAGCUAGCAGAGCCCUCAAGUCGAUGAUAGGAAAAGGGUGCCUUCCCACACCGACUACCUACAAUUACUUCUUCCGGCUCUUUGCAAAGUCUGACAAAAUUGAGGAGGGUAUGAAUCUAUACAGGAAGAUGGUUGAAAUGGGGCAUACUCCCGAUAGAUUAUCCUAUCACUUACUAGUGAAGAUGCUGUGUGAACGGGGUAAGUUGGACAUGGCAGCUGAGAUAAUAAAGGAGAUGAGCUCGCAAGGGUGUGAUCCAGACCUUGCGAUCUACACAAUGCUGGUCCAUUUGCUUUGUAGAUUGAAUCGAUUGGAAGAAGCUUACUCCGAGUUUAUGAGCAUGAUUGAGAAGGGCCUUACUCCUCAGUAUCUCACAUACCAGAGGUUGGUUGCAGCUCUAAAGAAAGCGGGGAUGGUAGAAAUGGCGAAUAAGAUAUUGGAUUUGAUGUCUGCCAUUCCGCAUUCGAAAAGGUUGCCUGAUACAUAUAAGGGAGAUGACAUUGCUGAUCGUGGAUCCUUGAUAAUAAAGAGAGCUCAAGCUGUGUCUGAUGUUUUAAAGAGUUCUAGGAACGAAAAAGAGAAAUUCGGCAGACAUCGCUUCAGGAAAGGCCAAAAAGAUUAAUAGCAGAGAGCUCAGCAGUAGAGGGUAAAUGUUCCGUGCGAAAGAGUAUUUUUGAACAUUCAAGGUAAUAUCAGGCAUCAAGCUGUUCUUAGGGCCUGUUUGGUUGGAAGGAAAGGGAGGGAAAGGGAGGGAUUCAGGAAUCCCUCCUGUGUUUGGUUGGCUAAUUAGAAAGGAGGGAAAGGAAGGGAAAGAGAGAAAGUCAGUUUGGAUGGGAGGGGAGGGAAAGGAAAGGAAAGGAAAGGAAAAGAUUGUAUAGUGUAAAUUCAAUCCCUCUCAAAUCGGACGGAUUGGGAGGGAAAGGAAAGGGAGUAAGUACAAAAAUGUUGACUGCCCACAAUACCCCUCUACGUUUUUUUUCUCCCUGCCUCUCAACCUUUUGACUAUUGAGGGUAUUAUUAUAAAUUGUAUUGUUUUCUUUUCAUUCCAUUCACUUUUAUCCAAACAAGCUUUUAUAAUCA